AUGCACCCGUUUUCCAUACUCACCCUCGGCAUCUUUGUAGCUGGCUACAUCACCGCGCGCUGGGAUCUCGUCACCCGUCUCUAUGAGCUCGCCAUUUUUGCAGCGGAAUACGGAGUUGUGGCUAGCGAAGUCGAACAUCACCUCAAGGGAGGAUCUUUUUUUAGAAGUGCACCUCAUUCCCCUGGUCGAAUAUAUGAACUAUGCGGGCAUUCGUCCAUGCACGUCCUUGGCGUGUCGAAUUCGACCGCCACGGCCACCGCCGACCCUUCUUGGGUCUGCGCAAUCAAUCACCCUUCUUCACGCACCCCAACUAUAACUUGUGCCAAGGCAUCCAGCAUACAACUUAUUCUUUACGAUAGGCCGCAGCCUAAACGGAUGCAGUACAUCUCCUUGGAGCCAAUUGCCCUAGCUCUCGGAGACAAGAGCUCCAUGGUGGAUGACGCCAAGGUUGACGCUACUGAGGACCUCGUCGAGCAACAAGAGAGGUCAGCAAAGGAGGCUAGGCAAAGGCUCGUUGAAAAAUUGAAGCAACACACUAUUUCCAAUCGGGUCCCUUCGGCCCGUGACAGAGCGCUACGGAAAAUCAUCAACCAAGUAAAUUGGUCGUGGGAGUUGGAACAGACAUUGCAAAAGAACGCCUGGCGGCUUGGACCACGGCCGAAGCGAAGUCUAAGCGUAUCGGAGCAAGUCAUGGAAUCUGCGUCGACUAUGAGGAACUAUGUUCUCAAACAGCUUUGGACCUUUUUUGCCGUGUACUUGUUCCCCACAAUACGCAAAACUUUCAUCCUGAUUCUUCUUGGCCAUCGCAUGGUGGCUGAGGUGCUACUUCUCAUUCUAGAGUUUCGGGUCAAACCAGGAUACGCCGCCUUGAAGGAUAUAUCAGCCACCGCACAGCAGAUAGAAAUUCGGCUCCAACAAUUCUGUUAUUGGCCCAUGCAGUACUCGAAACUGCGGCAGAGAAAGAUGAAUUGGGCAAGUAUCACCACCAGCCAUCCCGAUUAUAUCCGAUUUUACAACAGCCUUUGGCUCGUUGCCAACGAUGUAAUCAUUGGCAUAGCUCUUGGCUCCUACGUGAUUGAGCAUGCCGACUGGGUUGCCGCGCAAAUUGGAGACCUGUUGAGGACUUACACCGUGGAGGCUCUUCAAAGCAGCAUCUCGUGGUUGAUGGACUACCCAGCUGGUCUGAAACUCAAUGGCGAGCUGGCAGUGUUUUUGGGUGACUUGUUUCUGUGGGUUAUUGACUACUGGUCAAGCUGCAUAGAAACCUUGAACCCAGCAUUGCCAAAUAUUGUAUGGUUCAUCGGAUUCACAUCCUUUGCAGGCGCCAGCAUGCCAACUGCGCUGUUUUCGGAUCUGCUAUCCAUCCUGACAGUUCACAUCUACUCAUUCUACCUUGCAUCAGCCCGCAUCUACCACUGGCAGCUGACGAUUCUCCAAUCACUUUUCCACCUAUUUCGAGGCAAGAAGCAAAAUGUGCUUCGUAACCGUAUUGACUCAUGCGACUAUGACCUUGACCAGCUGCUUGUUGGCACGAUUUUGUUCACGCUUCUCUUCUUUCUUUUGCCCACCGUGGUUGUAUUCUACUUAAACUUUGCUAUUGCACGAAUGAUCAUAAUAUCCAUGAAGGCGGGGUUUGAUACUCUGCUUUCGUGUCUGAACCACUUUCCGUUAUUCGCUUUGAUGCUGCGUGUAAAGGACGUUAAAAGGUUACCCGGUGUGUAUUCUGCCGCAGACUUUGCAACUCUCAGAGUUCGGUGGCUGACAAUCACAGGCGGCAUUCGUUUCGAGCUUCGAGAUACCCAGGAUUAUAGAGUUACAGACACUAAUACUAUUAAUGAAACCCCCACGUCGAUCAUUUACCUCAAGGUGAGCCGGCGCCAGAUGGCCAACUAUCAACCCGCGCGUAUGUCUUGCCAACGAUUGAAUUGA